CCUUCCUGCCUCCCCGCGCGACGCCCCCAUUGGCCAGCCCUCAGCCGCGCCCCCGUCUCGCUCUCGCUGCCGCCCAAGUCUCGCGGGAUCUUGGAAGUGGCGCUGCCGUUGCCAUGUCCGGCUACUGGGACAUCCCGGAGGGCACCGACUGCCCGCGCAAGGCCUGGCUCUUGGGACGCCUCGGCGCAGGCCUCGGUUUGCUCGGUUCAACUUACCACAUCAUUGUGUUCCCGCCGGACACAGCUCUGCAGGCGGUCCAGAGGGCCACGACAGCUACCGUCACAAUGGCUACUCUAGGAGCCGUCUUUGGGGUGACCGCGUGCCUCAGCGCACAGAUCCGAGAUGCGCCGGAUGACCCCGUGAACUACUUCAUCGGCGGCUGCUCGACCGGCAUCAUCCUCGGAGCCAGAGCUCACAGCGCUUCCACCGGCACAGCGGCGUGUCUCGGCCUCGGCCUCGUGGGUGCAUUUACUAAAAUGGCCAGGGUGGAGGGCUGGCAGAUUUUCCCUCCCAAAAUGUAAGCCCGGAGCUUCCCCAAGAAAAGUCACGCUGUGUGCCCCAGCCCCGUCCACGGAAGAUGGAGCAUGUGGAGAGGCUGCUCCCUGGCUGCUCCCUGCCCGGACGGCUGGCGCUGGUGUGCAAUUAAGACUGGUCUUUGUGAUGAUGGAAACUUCAGUGCAAAUAAAGAGCCCGCCACCUCGAGUCCUUCAUCCCUCCAAAGUGAAGCUGCUGGAGCCGGGGUGGGUGGGCGGGCAGAACGGCUGGGUCGAUUCCCAGCAAGCCGCAUCCAUGUCUGGAUCGGCUAAUUGAGGCUUCUAGACCUUUUGUGCUUCUAGGGCAGGUGAUUAAAAUCUUUAAAAACUAAAA